AUGCUUAUCUUUCUGUACACACUGCUUUUCCAUCACCUUCAUGCAAAGGCGGAAAACACACUUUGUCGAAUGAUAGGAGAUCCUAAAUACCCGCUGCUGUCUAAGGAUGGAGACAUAACUAUUGGAGCACUUUUUUCUAUUCACAGUAAAGAAAUAUUACCUUCAUUUGAAUUUACACAGAAAGCUCAGCUUAUAUCAUGCUCCAGUGUGAAUCUAAGAGAUUUUCGGAUUGCACAGACUAUGACCUUUGCAAUUGAGGAGAUUAACAGAAGUGAAACUUUACUUCCAAAUGUUUCUAUUGGCUAUAGAAUAUAUGACAGCUGUGGUGCAAGACUGUCUACUAUGGGUGCAAUUACAACGUUAAUGAAUGGUCAGCAGUUUGCAGCAGGAGACAGAUGCAAUGGACAGCCUAUACAUGCUAUUAUAGGGGAAACAGAGUCUACCAACACAAUGAUUGUUUCCAGAACCACAGGACCUUUCAAAAUACCAGUGAUAAGUCACUCAUCCUCAUGUGAAUGUCUUGGCAACAGGAAAGAUUUCCCCUCUUUCUUCAGGACUAUUGGUAGUGAUUAUUACUACAGUGAAGCACUUGCACUCUUGGUCAAGCAGUUAGGCUGGUCUUGGAUUGGAACUGUCAACAGUGACAAUGAUUAUGGGAACUUUGGGAUGGCAAAAUUUUUAAAAACAGCCCAGGAAGAGGGGAUUUGUGUAGAGUACUCUGUGAAAUACUAUCGAACAGAGCCUGAGAAACUCAAAAAAGCAGUAGAGGUUAUAAAAAAGGGGACUGCAAAAGUUAUUGUUGCAUAUAUUUCAUUUCUUGAUAUGGGAUUACUGAUUGAGCAGUUAAGCAUUCAGAACAUUACAGGCCUCCAAAUAAUUGGUUCAGAAGCUUGGAUAACUGCAAAGGAUUACAUCAAUCCAAACAGUUUCCGCGUACUGGGAGGUUCACUGGGGUUUGCAGUAAGAAAAAUCAAUAUUGAAGGACUUGCAGAUUUUGUUAUAAAAGAAUUUUGGCACACAGCUUUUCCAUGCUCACGAAGAGUUGACAAUUCAUCUCAAUAUGCAUUAAGUUGCAGCAAAUAUCAGCAUCUACUUGUGCUGAAAAAUUACAAUGAAGAUGUGCCUGACCAAAGAUAUGCAAGUAAUGUCUAUAAAGCAGUGUAUGCUGUAGCUCAUGCACUACACAAUCUACUGAAGUGCAAAGAACAAGAAGGUUGUGAAAAAGGUCUAACAUUAAAACCACAGCAGGUGGUUGAGGCUUUAAAAAUAGUAAAUUUCACGGUUAAGUUUGGAGAUCGUGUGUGGUUUGACAGGUUUGGAGGUAUAGUGCCCCUGUAUGAAAUUGUGAACUGGCAAAAAGAUUUAAAUGGUUCAGGACAGUUUAAACCAGUGGGUUACUAUGAUGCCUCACUGCCCCCUGAUCAGCGCUUUGUACUUAACACUGAAAACAUAAUCUGGGCUGGAGGACAGCUGGAGAAACCAAAGUCUGUGUGCAGUGAGAGUUGUCAUCCAGGCACAAGGAAGGCUGUACAGAAAGGAAGACCUGUCUGCUGUUAUGACUGUAUUACAUGUGCAGAUGGAGAAAUCAGUAAUGAGACAGAUUCAAAUAACUGCCAGCAGUGUCCAGGGGAAUACUGGUCUAAUACUGAGAACACUGAAUGUGUGUUAAAGGCUGUAGAGUUUCUGUCAUUCACAGAAGUUAUGGGUAUAGUGUUAGUCUUUUUCUCUCUGUUUGGAGUAGGAAUAACUUUACUGGUGGCCAUCCUGUUUUACAGUAAGAAGGACACUCCCAUAGUAAAAGCCAACAACUCAGAGCUGAGCUUCCUGUUGCUCUUCUCAUUGACUUUGUGUUUUCUCUGUUCACUUACUUUCAUUGGUCGCCCCACUGAGUGGUCCUGUAUGUUGCGUCACACAGCGUUUGGGAUCACUUUUGUCCUCUGUAUCUCCUGUGUUCUAGGGAAAACAAUAGUGGUGUUAAUGGCUUUUAGGGCCACACUUCCAGGAAGUAAUGUCAUGAAAUGGUUUGGGCCUGCACAACAGAGACUCAGUGUUUUUGCCUUUACACUCAUACAAGUUCUUAUCUGUGUGCUUUGGCUAACAAUAUCUCCUCCUUUCCCCUAUAAAAAUAUGAAACAUUAUAAGGAGAAGAUCAUUCUUGAAUGCAGUCUGGGUUCUACUGUUGGUUUUUGGGCUGUGUUGGGUUACAUUGGCUUCCUAGCUGUCUUGUGUUUCAUUCUGGCUUUUCUGGCUCGGACGCUGCCUGAUAACUUCAAUGAAGCUAAAUUCAUCACAUUCAGUAUUCUCAUAUUCUGUGCUGUAUGGAUAACAUUUAUCCCAUCUUAUGUCAGUUCUCCUGGAAAAUUUACUGUAGCUGUGGAGAUAUUUGCUAUUUUAGCAUCAAGCUUUGGUUUACUAUUCUGCAUAUUUGUACCUAAAUGUUAUGUCAUCGUGUUUAAGCCUGAGAAAAAUACUAAACAACAUUUGUUGGGGAAAACACAAACAAAAUCUUACUAA